UGGCUUUUGCACCCCCACCUCAUUCUCACUCAGAAACACAAUGUUUCGACGAUUAUGCUGCCUACAGAGCACUCCUACACCCUCUCUCACAUUUUCUUCCAACAAGAAGCCCCUCGUUCUCUUGGGAGCACCUCAGGUCUCAGCUAUUGUCCUCGAUGCCCUCCUCAAUGCUUCUUCUUCCCCUCAUUCUUCAUUCCAGGUUGCAGCUAUUGUUACUCAGCCAGCUGCUAGAAGGGAUAGGGGUAAGAAAGCAUUGUUUAUUACUUUAAUACAGGAUGCUUUCUUGUCGAAUUUGAAAGCUUUACAGCCGGAGCUAUGUGUUACCGCCGCGUAUGGGAACAUUUUGCCUACCAAGUUUCUAGAUAUUCCGGCAUUGGGAACUGUCAAUAUUCAUCCUAGCCUGUUGCCACUGUAUCGUGGUGCUGCACCUGUUCAAAGAGCAUUACAGGAUGGUGUUAAAGAAACUGGAGUAUCAUUAGCAUUCACUGUCCGUGAACUGGAUGCUGGACCUAUUAUUGCUAGCGAAACCGUUGAAGUUGAUGAUCAAAUAAAGGCACCCAAUUUGCUUGAGCUCCUCUUUUAUAAAGGUUCCGAACUUCUGAUUAGGGAACUUCCUUCCAUAUUUGAUGGAUCAGCAAGUGUUAAUGCACAACCUCAAGAUCAUUCCAAGGCUACACUGGCUCCAAAGAUAAGCCAAGAUGAGUCGUGGCUAGUCUUUGAUCAAGAAGCAUCGGUUCUACAUAAUAAGGUUCGUGCGUUUUCAGGAUGGCCGGGAACAAGAGCAAAAGUUCAAGUAGUGGAGAAAAAUGGUGAACAGAAAACUUUGGAUAUGAAAAUUAUAACCACCCGAGUUCACAGUCACGAAAGCGUACCGUCCAAUGAAGCAGAUGACAUUGCAUUUGUCGAGGGGGCAUUGGUGUUUCCAUGUGGAAAGGGCACCAACCUUGAGGUGUUGGAACUUCAACUUCCAGGGAAAAAGGUAGUAACUGCAGCUGCUUUUUGGAAUGGACUGAGGGGCCAGAAGCUAAAGAAAUUAUGAGACAUGGUUUUGUCACACACAAGGUUGUUUAGGAAAAUUGAUUCAUUUUCUUUUAGUGAAAUUAUUUUUUCUUCUUUGUCCAUUUUUUGUAUGAUUUAUUAUGUAUAAGAAACUUUCAACAUCUGUGAUUCUCUUUAGGAAGUGAGCUUCUCAACUUAGCAUAAUUUUUUUUUGUCUGUAAUUUAAAGUAUACACCCUUUAUACCAUGAUGAUGGUCACUUUUUGAGUUUUUAUUUUAUUUUAUAUUUA